AUGUCUCGUUGUCUGAACUCCUCCUCACUCGGUCGGAUCGUCACCAAACACGGCUAUGCCACGGCGGCGCCAAACAGAUCGGGUCCAAAUGUGGUUCUCAUUGAUGCCGUUCGGACUCCAUUUGCGGUGUCGCAGACGGUCUACAAGGACUUGAUGGCCGUCGAUCUUCAACGAGCCGCCUUUUUGGGUACAUUUUUUUUAUUUUUGUUCGAUAUUUUAGAUUUUGUCUAGUGCAAUAUAAUUUGCUGUAAUUUUCAAACAUUUGACGUUUUUACUUGCUUUAAAUAAUACUAAUGACUCAUUCCAGGUCUGGCUGAAAGAACGAAGGUGGAUUUUAAUGAUGUUGGCUACAUUUGUGGUGGUACUGUUAUUCAAGAAGCUUUGACCUCAAAUAUUGCGCGUGAAGCCCAAUUACUCUCCGGGUUCCCUGAUAAAGUAUGUUUUCUUCUUCUUUUAGAAUCUUUAGGAUAAAACGUUUUCGAAGGUCAAUUCCCAGACAUGUUUACUGUAAAUGCAAUUUUUUGUAAUGAACACAAUUGGAAUUUUAUAGUCUAAUUCAAUUUUAAGACGGUGAUAAAGCUGAACGACGACGUAUGCUGUGAUUCACACCAUAUUUCAGGAGAUGAACUUUUCUUUCUGAUAGUACAAUGCACUUUUUGUUUAGAUUCCUGCCCAUACCGUAACCCUUGCCUGUAUCUCCUCCAAUGUUGCUUUGUCCACUCUUCAAGCUCAAAUUCAAAGUGGAAACUACGACGUGGCCAUUGCCGGAGGAGUCGAAUUUCUCUCGGAUGCCCCAAUUCGUUACAACCGAGAAGUCCGUAAAGCCAUGUUUGGACUGCAAAAAGCCAAAGCUCUCCCGGAUCGACUCAAAUUCGGCCAAAAGAUCAUCAGCGGAAUUUUCAACCCUCAACUUCCAGCUGUCGCGGAAUUCACCUCCGGCGAGGUGAUGGGCCAUUCGGCGGAUCGUCUGGCCGCGGCCUUUGGAGUCUCCAGAAAGUAGGAACAGUUAAUUUAGAAUCGUAAACAAUGGUUGUUUUUUAGAGAGCAAGACGAAUUUGCCAUCCGAUCCCACACUUUGGCACAAAAAGCCCAACAAGAGGGAAAAUUGGCGGAUGUGAUCCCAUUUUAUGACCCCACUGGAGCAUCAAAAAACGUCUCAAUCCAUCAAGACAAUGGAAUCAGAGUUUCCACCUUUGAGAAGCUUUCUUCUCUCAAACCGGCGUUUAUUAAGCCCCAUGGAACUGUGACUGCAGGUGAGACAAUUAUCUAGUAUUAAACACGAUUUUUUUGGAUCUCUAGAUAAUGUUGGUGAACCAAGAAGGACUCAUUCUUAGUCUAUAAAAAGUUUUUGAGGGCUUAUAUUUUUAUUUUAGGUUAAUAAAAAAUUUUGAUUUUCAGGAAACUCAUCCUACUUGACCGAUGGAGCUUCGGCCGCCCUCAUCUCCACCGAAGAGUACGCCCUCAAAAAGGGUUACAAACCAAAAGCUUUCCUCCGCGAGAACAUGUUCGUCGCUCAAGACCCCAAGGAUCAACUGCUCUUGUCUCCCGCCUACGUAAUCCCUCGCCUUUUGAAGCGCGUUGGCUUGAAACUCGAGGACAUUGAUGUCUUUGAAAUCCACGAAGCCUUCGCCGGACAAGUCCUCGCCAAUCUGAACGCCAUGGAUUCGGAGCAUUUCUGCAAAAAUUAUAUUGGACUUCCCCAGAAGUUCGGACGUGUCCCAUUGGACAAGAUCAACUUAUGGGGCGGAUCCCUCUCACUUGGCCAUCCCUUCGGAGCAACUGGAAUCCGGCUCGUCGCCCAUGCCGCCGCUCGUCUCGAAGCCGAAAAUGGCCGGUAUGCUGUGAUCGCCGCUUGUGCCUCAGGCGGUGAAGGAGUCGGUGCUUUAGUCGAACGUUAUCAGCCAUCAAAGUGA